AUGGUUGUCUGCACGUACUUCCAGCAGGGGCGGUGCAGAUUUGGAGACCGUUGCAAGAAUGAGCACCCUAGCCAGCAGACAUUGAGCUCCGGCAACCGUUUUGGAGCACUUGCUGGGGGAGGUUUCGGAGGCCGUGGCGCUCAGACUCAGCAAUCUGCAGACUAUGGAAUAACUACGACGGACAUCAAGGCCGAUCUUACCGCCGGUAAAGGCCGGCCAGAAUGGAUUUUCUCCUGCUACGGUCCUGGAAGAAACGCCCCAAGGCAACUGUUUGGAGGCACUAGCCGAGAGCGGAGUUUUGAAGAACUGCGACUGCGCCAUUAUGAAGCUGCCGCCGCAGGUAACGCUGACCAGGCAGUCCAAGAAGCUCAAGCUCUAUAUGCGGAGGCCUUGAAGCAGAUGGAUGUCAUCCUGAAUGACCUCAAUGGCGCUGUAAAGAUUGACAUCGUGGAGGGCAAGACCGGCCCAACUUCCACCCAAGCGCCUUCUGCUUUCGGUCAGCCCUCGCAACCUAGCCAACCUUCACCAUUCGGGCAACCCGCUGCUCCCAGCUCAGCACCGGCUUUUGGUCAGCCUUCAGGGCUAGGUAGUCAACCCUUCGGCAAACCCUCUGCGUUCGGUCAGCCGUCAGCCUUCGGGCAGCCCUCGGCCUUGGGGCAAACAUCUGGUUUGGGGCAAGCAUCUGGCUUUGGACAACCUAGUGCUUUAGGUCAAGGGUCUGCAUUUGGACAGCCGUCAGGCUUAGGAGGGCAGCCGGCAUUCGGUAAACCAGCCUUUGGCCAACCUAGCUUUGGUCAGCCUUCUACCGGCCAGUCUUCAUUUGGCCAACCCUCGUCUCUUGGGACAUCAGCAUUCGGGACACCUGGUGCGGCCUCCCCAUUUAGUCAGAUAUCAGCACCUAGCCAGCAACCAAGCGGCUUUGGCCAGUCCGCUGGACAAGCUUCACCGUUCGCGCAGGUCGGGAGUCAAACCCCCGCCGCGUCUUCUGGCUUCGGUCAACCCUCGACAACACAGCCGGUUGGUUUCGGCCAACCAUCACAGACAGCUUCCCCUUUUGGUCAACCUCAACAGCAACAGCAGCAGCAACCGCCUUCAAACCCUUUUGGUCAACCAUCCACGGCCCCAGCCCCGAGUCCCUUUGGAGCUCCAAGCCAACCAGCUGCACCUUCAGGAUUUGGACAGCCAGCUAGCGGGUUCGGACAGUUGGGCCAGUCGGCGCCUGCCCCUGCUCUUGCAUCCACACCAACAGCUACCGCAGGAACCGGCCCUCCUGCCAUCAUUAAGAUAGACAACCCCAAUGAGCUGCACCCCAUCCCACCGCUGACGGGUCAGACCAUCCGCGACCCUAUGACCAAGAGGCUUUCAGCUUGGAAGGGACAACCGGUCAAGUACAUCAACAACGAACCCUGCUAUCUACAUCCGCAGGAUCGUCAGACCUACGUCCGCAUCUUCUUUCCAGAUGGGCCGCCUGACGCAGCCAGCUUAAGGGAUGCGCAUGGAAAGGACGAGGAGUAUACGGUUGAGGUCACCGAGCAGUACGAGUUCUUUGUGAAAAACGGAUGCUUCAAGGACGGAGUGAUUCCGAGCGUGCCCCCGAAGACAGAAUGGGUGAGCUUCGACUUUUAG